UGUGUGUGUUCGACUGUGUCAACUUUGUGAAACGUUGUCGAUAGUGUUCGAUCGAUCGAGGGCCAGCCGGGAAAGCAAGUGCAAACACUGAUUGGAACCGCCGGAACUCUACCAACCGUCAAAAUGGGUGACAGCAUAAAGGUGAUAAAGUCGUCGUCGUCGUCGUCGUUGCAGUUCGGUCGUGUGCAGACGAUGGCAGUGCUUCUGCUUCUACUGCUAGCGCUACGAUCAACAGUUUGUGUACCGACACACUCGCUGGAAAUGGAUCGCUUCCGGAACAGCAUCGAUCUGGAUGCGGAGCAGACGGAGGCACGGUACGAUCAGGAGAUGCUGUCCGACAUCAUUAACGAUAACGAUCGUGGCGAGCUGCAGAAGAAGGCGGAAUCGUGCACGGUCGACGACUACAAGUACGACCACGGCCAGAAGAUUCAGCGGCUCGAUCCGUGCGAAAUCUGUCUCUGCAUCGAUGGAGAGAUCUUCUGCUGGUGGAAACAGUGCGAUGCUCAAACGAAAGCGAUGCUGAGCUCUGGCGACUCUGGGGAGCAGAGAGAUCCCGCACCAGCCAACGGUCAGGAUCUGACUACCACCAGCAGCAGCAGCAUCACCACCAGUGUACCACCGAUGGCGACCGAUGGGUUCGGUUUCCAAUCGAGAGGCGCCGCCGGACCCCAAUCGGAAGCACCCGGAUCAAUGGCCGACAGUAACGGUGGCGCGACGCGGCUAAUUGUGGCCGACACGCUAAGUGAAUUCACGACGACCAUUAGCGUGACCAGCACGGUGGCCAUCGGUGCACAAUCGAACCACAAUCCGAUCGAUGGCAUUCCCAAGAGUAUGCUCAGCUUCCCGCAAACACCACCGAUCAUGAUGCAUCGUGCCGUGGUCGUGAAACCAACGGAAGCUGGCCGCAAAUCGAGGGGUGGUGCAAAUCGCGGUUCCGGUAAGGGUAAGGCCGGUUCCGUGGGUCUCAAGAAGGGAAAGAAUCCAAAGAAACUUGGCGUUUCGGACCGGAAACCGACGGUUUCGAUCGCUAGCGAUGCGUUGCCCGAUGCCAAGCAGAUGCCGCAGGAGCAGCAGCAACAACAGAACAGUGGAGAGCAAACGGACAGUCAGUUGGCUAGCCGGGAGCAGCUAUUCGGUGGAUACGGUUUUGGGAUGAUCCGGGAACCUCAAGAUUCGGGUAUGGCACGAAGUCGAGAUCACGAUAUCGCGGCACCACAGCACUACAUCAUCACCUCUUCGGGCCACGUGGAGAUGUUUGAUGAUGGUCCGGGUGGGCUCGGUGGCCCAGAAGGUCCGGGUAUCCGGGAUGUACUAAGCUUCGAUGGGCGAGUGUCGUCGGUCGUUGCGCCCGUUGAAAGCAACGAAGAUGAUGACGACGACGACGAUGAUGAUGAUGAUAAUGAUAGCGAUGGGGACGGGGAAGAUGGUGAAAGAGAUGGAACCGAGAAUGAUGGCGGUCCGGUUGCACCGGCCAUCAUGCUAACGACCAACGUUACCCAGGGCGGUGGACUCGCUGCUGGUGAUGGUGCUUCAUCGACGACCACGACCACGAUGCCACCGAGUGACCGACCAUCGUCCGUGAUCGACAUUCUCAACUCGACAGCGAUCGAAACGGACUAUGGCGAGGGUACGAACCAUUCGGAGCUGAUUUACCCGGAAGUUCCGGCUGUCUACGGUGCUCGAAUGGUAGAUGCUGGUGGUGGUAGCAGUAGUAGUAGUAGUAGCAGCAGCAGUACGUCAUCAACUCCGACGACGACAACAGCGACGACGUCGGGCACAGGAAGCGCGUCGCCAUCGGGCACCUCAGCAUCCUCUGAACAGCAUUGCAUUGUGAUGGGUGUGACGUAUCCGGUCGGUGCCGUGCUGAAGCAGGAAACGGGCAACUGUUUGCAGUGCGUUUGCGUAUCCGGACCGGAAAACGAUCCUUCACCGAGGGUUACCUGUACCCCGCUCAACUGUCCACCCCUGAUACUGCCCGACAUACUGGACGGGGCCGGCUUCUAGGCGCUGGUCGCUGCUACAGAGUAGUGAAGGUGUAGAACGACUAACGGUUGAACAUGGCUCGACGUCAAGAACAUGGUAUGCGGAACGGUAGCAGAACAUACACAAAAGGGACACACCAAACACGACCACACACAUGCUCAUAAACAAACAAACACAAACACACACACAGAAACACAUGAAGCAUACUAGAAAAUGUAAACAGGGGAAAAUGAUAAAAAGUGGAUCAACAUAUUUAGCGUAAUAUCCGGUAAAAAAAAGGAAAAUAAGGAAAAAAGUGGGAAACGAACGUGAAACACACAAUAACCUAGGCAGGCCGUGCGGGCUAAACGGAACGGAACACUGCAAGCAGCAUCGCAGCAGGAGGCCCAAAUGUAAUGAUCGAUUUAAGAAUUUACCGUAGCAUAGAGUUUAUCUUAGUGGCGGUGUGAGGUGCGG